AAAAAAAAAACCUGAUAGAAGAGGGUUACAUGCCGUCUUUUCUCGCUUAUUCUCUCUCGUCAGCGUCCGAGUCCCAGCCCUAGACCAGAGGCCUCCACUGCUCCUCUCCGUCGUUCGCGUCGCUCAAUCUCGCCGCCGACGAGCCUCCAUUGGUUCCCCUCCCUCACCCUCAGCUCCGAUUUCGCUCUGAAUCUGAGCCCUAGAUCGUAGAAAACCACCCAAUAUGGACAGGGAAUGGGGUUCCAAGCCCGGCAGCGGAGGCGCCGCCUCCGCCCAGAACGAGGCCAUCGACCGCCGGGAGAGACUCCGGCGACUCGCCCUAGAAACCAUCGAUCUCGCCAAAGACCCCUACUUUAUGCGCAACCACCUCGGAAGCUAUGAGUGUAAGCUUUGCUUGACUCUGCACAACAAUGAGGGGAAUUACUUGGCCCACACACAGGGGAAGCGCCACCAGACGAAUUUGGCCAAGAGGGCGGCUCGCGAGGCCAAGGAGGCUCCUGCUCAGCCUCAGCCCCAUAAGCGCAAAGUCAACAUUCGGAAGACAGUCAAAAUUGGUAGGCCUGGGUACCGGGUGACAAAGCAAUUUGAUCCGGAGACAAAACAGAGGUCUCUUCUCUUCCAGAUUGAAUAUCCUGAGAUUGAAGACCUUGCAAAGCCUAGGCACCGAUUCAUGUCAUCUUAUGAGCAGAGGAUCCAACCAUUUGACAAAAGAUACCAGUAUCUUCUGUUUGCGGCUGAACCAUAUGAGAUCAUUGGUUUCAAGGUCCCUAGUACCGAGAUCGACAAAUCCACCCAGAAUUUCUUCACACAUUGGGAUCCAGACUCCAAAAUGUUCACGUUGCAGCUUUAUUUCAAAUCUAAGCCACUAGAGGCCAAUAAGCCUCCACCUGCCCCAGGAGUCAAUGGCACAACUGCUCCCGGUGUCCCACCAAGGCCUCUUCCUCCACCACCUCAAGCCCCUCCUCCGCCACCCGCGCAAGGACCAGCACCAGGCGCACCCAUGGGAAAUCCUCCGAGAGCCCCACCACCCCCGAUACCGGGAUCCUUGCCACCGCCACCUCCUCCCAUGGCAAACGGCCCUAGGCCUAUGCCUCCUAGUGGAGCUCCACCUGCCCCUCCUCCUCCCCCAGUAGGCAAUCCAAUGCCCAAUUUCGGUUUUGGAGGCCUGCAGAUGCACGGUCAAGGUAUUCGCCCACCUCCGCCACCUCCCAACAUGGGACAGAUCCCCAGGCCCCCCGCUUCUCAGUAGGUGUUAUCUGGCUUUUCCAAAUAAGUCUUGAAUCAAUCGUGCGCUCAGUUUGCUGUUCCAUUUGUACAUGAUGCGAAAGCAACUUUGUCCUUGAUCCCGUUUUUCUCGUUGAGCUAGAAGCUGUAUCUUUUCUUUUCUUUUUUUUUCCUCUUUUUUUUUUUUU